AUGCUUUCUAGCGGCUUGGUUGCCUCACAGACGGGCAACCUCCAUUGGCUCCAACAAGCUCAUCAUGGAAUUAGAUUGUUACAUACCAAUCAGCACCAAAAGUGCACAGUCCUGCAUCCAGUCCAAAACGUUAUUGCCCUACAAGCUCAGAAGAAACUCCAAGUCUUCAAUAUCAAGCUCAAACAGAAAGUCAAGUCACAUGCAAACCAUGAGAAUGUCUUGUUUUGGAAGUGGAUCAAUGACUCCACUCUGGAAAAGGUCACCAAAACCACAGUCUACCCUUGGGCCACCCUCAAUCCAACAAGUACUCCUGUCAAAGUCUUUGACCAAAACAAAAAUCUGGCUGGCCAGCAAAUCAUCACCUACCUUGCCUCCCCCAACAAAAAAUGGAUGGUCCUUGUUGGGAUUACCAUCAACCCCAGUGUGUUAAAGGUAAAAAUCAGCAUGCAGCUCCAUAACAAGGAUUGUGCCAUCAGCCAAUCAAUCAAAGGUCAUGCUGCUAGCUUUGCCAACUAUUGCUAA